GUAGAUGGAUUUAGGAUGUAUUCGAGCCCUUCGCGCAGGCCAGUAAGCGCUGCAGUGAUUUCUGCAUCGAAAGAGAGCAUGAACCAGCAGUUUCCAAGGAGCAGAAACGAAUCGAAGUCGAAGGAUCUUGUGAUGUCCAACACGGAGCAAGUCCCAACCAACAAAGUCGUAUCUGAAAUCGUUCGAAAGGAGCAGCCGUACAAGGAGAUCGAAGCUAUCAUCAAUGACAAUCGCGUCAUCAUCAGGACGCACAAGGAACUGGGCAAAGGAGAGUACGAUCCCCCGUGCGAAUGCAUUGGUCAAGUAGCUUUAAAAGAGUCGGCAUUGAGUCAAAGAAGGUGCGACGACGGAGUUGUGUUCGACAUGGCUCACGGAAAUUUAGAACUCUGUCGCGCGCCUCGAGAAGACGCGCCGCCGACGAGGGGAACCUGCGAGGAGAUAGGCUGUCGCACGGUCACAUUGUAUCCAAGCAUAAAAGACGACGCCAGAGGCGCUCCUGCAGCUUAUCGUAUGGAGAGCAGGGAAGUUAAAAGGUCUAAAAUAGUAAAACCAAUCGACCUUGAGGAAAAUCCGAAUAUCUUCUUAUUGAGAAUUAGAAAGCACUGCGAUAGUGGCGAUAAAAGACAGACAAUCGAACUUGAGUUCAGGGCACCGCGUCCGUGGUCAUCUAAGAAGGAGGAUCUCCUUAAACCUGAACUAUUAGAGGAAUAUGAAGAUGCUGACAAGAAAGACAAGAAAGACAAGAAAGAUGAAGAUGACACUGAUAAAAAAUAUACAGAUGAACCUGAAGAACAUGAAGAACAUGAGGAGCAUGAAGAUGAUACUGAGAAACAUGGGGAACAUGAAGAUGAUACUGAGAAAAAGAUCAACGGCUGA